GUCCCCCUGGGCUGGAAUGUUUCUAUGUUAGCCUUAUUGUUAACAAACGAUAAUUACAAUUUUUCCUCUGCUAACGUAAGGAGCAGUUUAUCAAGUACUUUCGCGCGUAAAGUGGUGGACGAGCGUAAAAAUGGUCCGAAUCAGUUGACAAACAGCAGAUUUUUAUAUUUCUAAAUUAUAUUAGUGGUGGAAAUCCGUGGAAUUUUCAUACUACAUUACUUGUGACAGUUUUGCGUCAAUAAUUGAACCUCAUAGACAAUCAUUUAACACUAUUGGACCUGCAGCUGAUUUCUAACCUGUACGCUGGUGAAAGGGGAUUUCUUUUUUGUUGAAAAUAAACUAAAAAUGACGAAAUUCUCGGACAUAACUUGGCCAGCUGAAUACUCUGAAUUGAAGAGAAUCGAGGAACUCCUCGUCUGUGGAAUAUGCUACGACUACAUGGAGACAUCGGUGAUGACACCCUGUUCACACAACUAUUGUUCCCUCUGCAUCAGGAAAUACCUGCACUAUAAGAACCAGUGUCCAGCGUGUUUCCAGGACACCUUCGAGAAGGAUCUCCACACAAAUCGAAUCAUCGACGAGAUAAUCCUGUACUUUUCCACGAUCCGCGACAAAUUGGUGACUUGUAUUACCGGUACAAAAUGCCAGCCACCAUCCGAGGAGUCUGUCCUAUCACCUCCAGUACGUCCAGCGCGUUCGAGUCAGCUAAAAUCCCCGGAGGUACGUUCAAAGCCGGCGCUACCCUCCGACGAUAUCUCGAGUUCAGUGACGUCUACAACAAAAUCUUUCUCGAGUCCCAGCACGAGUGGUACCUCGAGUCUGUCGACUUUCUUCACUCCAAAGUCUCGAAAGCAAGGUCGAUCGAUUCCCCAGGUUCCCUGCCCGGUUUGCAGGGUAGAAAUAUCCGAGACACACAUAAACAAGCACCUCGACGACUGCCUGAAGCGCGACUCCGAACCAGAACGUCCCCCAAGACUGGAAUUAAAACGCAAACCCCUGCCGAAGCUCGUUGUCUGCCUGAUGAAGGACACAGAGUUGAAGAAGAAGAUGAAGCUGCUGAAUCUGUCGAUCCGGGGUGACAGGAAAACCCUGGAGAACAGAUACCAGCGUUACUGCACCCUCUACAACGCUGAGUGUGACAAAUUAUCACCCAGGAGUGUCGAGGAGGUGCUGAAGCAGUGCGAAGAGGAAGAGGAGCUGGAGAGAAUGACACAUGAGGCGAAAAUCAAUGUCUCCAGACUGCACAUCACCAGGAACAGCAAUCAAAACGUGAUCGAAGCAAUGCAGAAGCACUACCUGGAGGCAAACAAGCACAAGUACGAGGACCUCAUAGCUCAGAUCAAGAGGAGAAAGACACCCAAACCACCGGUACGUCGAUCUCUCAUAAAUGAUGAUCAGAGAGUCAAUGGGGACGAGGGAACGAGAGAUGAGGAUCUCACCUCCGGACGAAUGCUCCAGGAUUCAUUCCAGGAUCAGGAUUCCGAUGAUUCUUGCCUGCUUCAGACGUACAUCAGUGACCAUCCCAUGAAUUUUCUGUGUCUUGGGAUGGGUGAGGACAGCUCCAGUCCGAAAAAGAAGAAGAAGAGGGAUGAGGCACUGGUGCCUGAUAACUCAAUGAGGAAUGGAGUGGAUUCACCUGGAGAGCAGGCUGCCAGCAUUUACGAGGUGACGACUGAUGCGGAGACCGACGACGAUGAGAGGGACUGUAUGGAUAUAUCGGUGAUGACAGCAUGUCCAGGUAAUUCAGUGACGGUAAUGGAGCCCAGUCUGAAGGAGGAAAUGAUGCUGAUUGAGGAGAGAAAGUCCAAGGGUAGAAUUUUAGCUGAUUCAAUUGCUAAGGAUUUCUGCGACGACGACAGCAACGAGGACGAGGAAAAAGUCGAGGGCAAGGUCACGGGGUCGGGGAGGGGUGAUAAAGAGAACGACGAGGGGGAGAGUAUCGUUGCACGUCGACCAGUCAGGAAACGCAAUCAUCCAUCGAGAUUCAGAGAUGAGGGGGAGAAGGGACAGAGCGGUAGAUUGACUCCUAUUGAUGCACUCAGGGAGGAAAUUAAUGGGAAUAAAGUGGUGGUGGAGAAGGGAAACGAUGGAACUCUGAAGAGACGACGCAGGCGUAAGGCCACCGAGGGGAGUGAGGAACCACCCCGGCGACCUGUGCGAAAACGAGAGGCUGUCAAUGUCUUGCAGGGCAAUUGAUGAUUUUUUUUCUGUCUUUUUGGAACGACGAAAGUCGCCCGUUUUUCAUGGAGCAUUUAUUGUUAUUUAGGGAGAAUUGUGUGCAAAGAUUGAACGAUUAAAUAUAUUUGUAUUGUUUUGAAAUAA